CAACCUUGCUGAUUGAACAGCCGAAGCUCGCAAUCCUUAGCUGUCUGAUUGUAUGACUCCUAGGUCCUGAGACCGACCGACUGACCCCUUCUCCCGAAUCGAUCGCGAGAGAGCACUUUGCUUCUGGUCACAAUGCCAGCCGGAUCGCCCAUCCAACGGCUAUCAGACGAUCUGCUCUCCCGGAUCCUCCAUAUUGUCUCUCGAUCCGACGGUCACUUCGAACACGCACUCGUCUGCAAGCAAUGGCAUCGCAUCGCACGUUGCGUGCACGACCACAUGCACAUUCGCGAAGACCGUGACAUGAGUCCUCGCGAACUGCUCCCGCACCUCUCGUCAUUCCCAAGGCUCACGAAACUCGUCCUCUCUCCCGAAAGCCUCUCUUCCGUCCCAGACUUCCUCCUCGCUCGCGUGGCCGACACGUGUCCCGAUCUCACCGAGCUUCGCAUCGAUCGCACGGAUCAGCUCUACGCACGCGAAUUCUUCACAGAGGAUGGCCUUUCUCGCGUGUUCCAACGGUGCCUCCGACUGGAAACGCUUCACCUGGUCUGUCCGCGUCGUCUCGCCGCCGUUCCUCUGUCCAUCAGCAAUCUCACCCACCUCAAGUACCUACACCUCGACGCAAAAAGCGUUGCUCGUCUUCCCAUCUCCCUCACCUCGUUACAGUCACUCCGAAGCGUCACGCUAGACAUGGAAGCACUAGAAGAACUGCCGCAAGGUCUCUGCAAUUUCAGCCACCUGGAGUCCCUGCAGCUGAUCAACUCUCAGUUCGCCGGAACUCCGCUCCCGGAAUCUCUUGGACAGAUCACCAGUCUGACGCGUCUCUCCAUCGCCGGCUGCAGAUCCCUUCAGCUGCCCGAUUCGCUCACCAAUUUGUGGUCCCUGAGGGUUCUUGAAAUCCGCAAUUUCCCCGCUGCCCGCGAAUCUCGGUCAGCUGCACGCGCUCGAGGCUCUAGUGCUGGAGGAAGUGCUCAGAAUCAGAGAGCUGCCGGAGACUCUAGGGCAGCUGCAGCGGCUGCGGAUCUUCUCUUUGAAAAGCUCUUGGAUAGAUUUUCUGCCCCAGUCGCUGCCCCACCUGACUUCACUCACCUCCCUUUCCCUGGACAUCCCACGACCUGAAGUGCUGCCCGAGAAUGUCGGUCAGUUAUCGAGACUUCAGAAUUUCAAGCUGGAUGCUCCGUCUGUCACUGGCCUCCCCGGUUCAAUCAUUCUGGCAACUGCGCUCCAGGAACUUUCUCUCGACCGCCUCCGAAAUGUCACAGCUCUGCCCGAGCAGUUCGGGCAGCUGACUUCCCUGGAGGUCUUGCGCCUGGCCGACAUUUCACAGCUCACUCACCUGCCCGAAUCCCUCGGGCAACUGGCGAAGCUGAGGGUGCUGACGCUUCUCAGGUGUGAGCAGCUGCAGCAGCUGCCAGACUCCCUCGUCCUGCUGUUUUCCCUCGAGCGCCUGGACGUGGAUCUCUGCGAGAGGCUGGGUGCUCUACCAGACGCCAUGGGGGACGGCUUACAGGGGUUGACGGAGCUGCGUCUAGUGCACUGCAAAGCCCUUGCCCACCUCUCUCCAUCCUUCUCUGGCCUGUCAUCCCUCGAAACCCUGGAGAUCCAGCAUGCAGAAAGCCUCACAGGGUCGCUGCCAGAGGGGCUCUGCUCCUUGGGAAACUUAAGAAAGCUCGAGCUAGCCUCCAUCCCGCACCUGCCUUCUCUCCCUGCUCUCGCGCUCACUCUGACCCGCCUCAUGGUGAGCAACUGCAAGGGAAUCACGCAGCUGCCGGAGGCGAUCGGACGGCUGGGAGCGCUCGAAGAGCUCAGGAUCUCAAAUCUAGACGGCUUGAAAUGUUUCCCGAAGGCUCUGUUAGCGCUGCCACGGCUGAGGCAUCUUGUGGUGAAGGAGUGUGGGGGGCUCAAGGCUCUGCUGGGGGAUGAGGAAGCGGAGGGAGCUGAGGGGGACGUGGGGAGUAGUCAAACGGCUGACGCGGUACUGCCGUCCCUGCAACUGCCGUCCCUGGUACUGCCGUCCCUGCAACUGCCGUCCCUGGUACUGCCGUCCCUGGUACUGCCGUCCCUGGUACUGCCGUCCCUGGUACUGCCGUCCCUGGUACUGCCGUCCCUGGUACUGCCGUCCCUGCAACUGCCGUCCCUGGUACUGCCGUCCCUGCAACUGCCGUCCCUGGUACUGCCGUCCCUGCAACUGCCGUCCCUGGUACUGCCGUCCCUGCAACUGCCGUCCCUGGUACUGCCGUCCCCACAACAGCCGUCCCUGGCGAGUCUCGUGAUGACAGAUCUUCCUUUCAAGGCGCUGGGUCCGUCUCUAGGCCACCUGCCCUCGCUGCAGAGCCUCGCGCUGAUGCACAUGCCUGCACUGCUCUCCCUCCCCGAUUCCAUCUCCCACCUCUCAAGGCUGCAGGAGCUUCAUCUCUCGUCCUCAAAGGCCAUGGAGGCUCUACCGGGAGCUGUUGGACAUCUCUCAGGGCUUAUUCGACUGUAUCUAGCUGACCUUGAGAGUCUGUGUGCGCUGCCCGAGUCGAUCGGGCAGCUGAAUUCGCUCAAGUACCUGGAAAUCAGUAGCUGUUCGAAGCUUUAUCAGCUACCGAAGUCUUUUCCGGAGCUGCCCAAGCUGCAGUCGUGCGUGUUUUAUGACCUGAAUAUCUUAUUCAUACCUGAAGACUUCUGGAAGCUCUCUUCGCUCAAGUCCCUGUUCCUGGUAAAGCUGCACUGUCUGCGCUGCCUGCCCGAAUCUUUUUCGCAGCUGCCCCGCCUGGAACAGCUGAAAAUCUCCCACUGCUAUUGGCUGGAUAAAUUACCACCGUGUCUCCGAGACAUGCCAUCGCUGCCUGGGUUCUUGAUCCAAAAAUGCCCUCUGCUCUCGACGGCACGGAGUAUGAUUGUUUAUGGGUCCGCUUAUGUGGGGGACGGGGAGGCACGUGAGGAGUUGUUGGAUCGAUGGGAGGAGAGGUGCUGGCAAGUGGCGGAGGAGGGCGACAGUGAUGACGAGGGGGACGGUAGAGAGGAGCUGGGGGGGGUGAUGAGCAGUGAGCAUGAUGAAUUUGAGGAGGAAGAGGAAUUUGAGGAGGAAUGGGACGAGGAGGAUGAGGGAUCAGAGGAGUGGGAUGAGGAGGAUGAGGGAGAGGCGGAUGAGGAGGAUGAGGAGGAAGCAGAGGAAUGCCAGGAAGAGGAAGGCAGUGAUGGGGAGGAGUGGGAGGGGGUUGUGGAGUUGAGGGGGAGGAGGGAGGAAGGGGAGGGCAGGGAGGGGAUGCUGGGGAGUGAAAGGGGCGAGCAGGGAGAGGGAAGGAUAGCAUGAGGUUUCCAGGAUGAGGAAGGGGCUGUGGCCCUGGACUGGGGAUCAGCAGCAGAGCAACUUGGAGCAGCUGCGGGCCCGUUCAAUCGCUAACUGCUCCAACUGCUCCACAUCUGCAUGCACCGGCACACAUGCCGUUAUCUCUUCGUGAACUGCCAGCGCUGGAUGGGAAUGGUGUUACCUCUGGGAUUCUCCACUAAUUUCAAGCCAAAACGGCAAGGGUUUUUCCUUGUCAGGAGAUGCGGAGUUGAGUGGGAUGGGUCAGGGGGUAUAUGUCGAUGUCACUUUUGAGUCGACUCAAAAGUCACCUCAAUUGGAUGGGUCAGGGGGUAUAUGUCGAUGUCCUGGAAAGAAGUGAAGGGCGGACAGCAGAGGAAGAAAGGCGGAAGGGGCGUAUGGUGAUGAGGCGAAAGGUGAAGCGUAGGAAAUGGAGAAUGGGAAGGACAUGAGGGAUUUGGGAAAAGGGAGGAGGCAAGGCGAGAUAGAAGCUGUAGAAAAAGAGGGGUUGAAAUGAAGGGGAUGAGCUAUUGGUAAAUGGUGGCAUGCUAGUGUAACAUCCGAAGAAACGAGUCUUUUUGUUUGUCAACGCUCAUGGAU